CAGCUAUCCAAAUACCUUCAGUUAUGAAUGAUAAUUCUGGGCGUGUCGUCGAGAGUUACAGCAUACCUAGUUAAUGAUUAUUAAUUUGGUGUCUAUUUUGUCAACUUGAAAAACUCACGAAGUACAACGCUUAGCACAAAUAGCUAUCCUUGGUGAACAUUAGCCGAAUCGAAUAUACUAUCUGUAUUGCUGCUAUUGUGAGGGGCUGGGUGCAAAUUACCGGUUCCCUAGAAUUUGCCCGUAAUUGAAUAUGUCCCACAAUAGGUAACUCUGGCAGUGACAGGCAGCCUGAAGUGUGGUUCUCCCGCCUGUCGAUUGGGCCUUACAGGAAGCUCCGCCUCGCCAACUCAGUCCAGGGCGGCAGUUGGCCCGGCGCUGGUGAGUGGCAGGUCUUAGCUCCGCCCCGGCCGUCCGCUGCACCUCCCUGGGUCGGCGCUGUUUCCAGUUGAGAGAUGGCGGCCGCCGCAGGUAGACCGCUCCUGCUGCUCCUUUCCUCCCGGGGCGGCGGCGGGGGCGCCGGCGGCUGCGGAGCGCUGACUGCCGGCUGCUUCCCGGGACUGGGCGUCAGCCGCCACCGACAGCAGCACCAUCGGACGGUGCACCAGCGGCUGUCUUCUUGGCAGAACGUGCGAGUUGUUUACUGCAGUACUAUUGUGCCCUCUGAUGAUGUGACAGUAGUGUAUCAAAAUGGGUUACCUGUGAUAUCUGUGAGGCUACCAUCUCGGCGUGAACGCUGCCAAUUCACACUCAAACCUAUCUCAGACUCCGUUGGUGUGUUUUUACGACAACUGCAAGAAGAGGAUCGGGGAAUUGAUAGAGUUGCCAUCUAUUCACCAGAUGGUGUUCGAGUUGCUGCCUCAACAGGGAUAGACCUCCUCCUCCUUGAUGACUUUAAGCUCGUCAUUAAUGACUUAACAUAUCAUGUACGACCACCGAAGAGAGAUCUCUUAAGCCACGAAAAUGCUGCAACACUAAGCGAUGUAAAGACACUUGUCCAGCAGCUAUACACCACGCUGUGCAUCGAGCAACACCAGUUAAACAAGGAAAGGGAGCUCAUCGAAAGAUUAGAAGAUCUCAAAGAGCAGCUGGCACCUUUGGAGAAGGUACGAAUUGAGAUUAGCAGAAAAGCUGAGAAGAGGACCACUUUGGUGCUAUGGGGUGGGCUUGCCUACAUGGCCACACAGUUUGGCAUUUUGGCCCGGCUUACCUGGUGGGAAUACUCCUGGGACAUCAUGGAGCCAGUCACCUACUUCAUCACUUAUGGAAGUGCCAUGGCAAUGUAUGCAUAUUUUGUAAUGACACGCCAGGAAUAUGUUUACCCAGAAGCCAGAGACAGACAAUACUUAUUAUUUUUCCAUAAAGGAGCCAAAAAGUCACGUUUUGACCUAGAGAAAUACAAUCAACUCAAGGAUGCAAUUGCUCAGGCAGAAAUGGACCUUAAGAGACUGAGAGACCCAUUACAAGUACAUCUGCCCCUUCGACAAAUUGGUGAGAAGGAUUGAUCUGCAAAGAGCCUCGGAAUUGAAGCAGAAAGAACACCUGUUUAUAACCAUUGCCUUUUUAAUUAAAGCAUUGCAGGUGGAAGCUGGGAGCCACGUCAGUGUAGGGGGUUUUUACCUUUAAUUAAAAAAUAAAAAACAAAAAGGAUUAGGAAAGAAAGGAAUGUUAAAAUCUGAGGAUCAGGCUUUGCAGAAUAUAAGCUCAAAGGGCUUAGUGAAUAUUGUCUUAAUCAAGCAUCUCAGUUUCUAGAUGAAAAUGAUGCAUUUAGUUGAGAGAUUCAUGAAGAGAAAAUGAUGCUGGGGGUGUUCCUUUCUUGCAUCUUCUUUGCAGGGUCAGCAAAACAGUAACACACCAGCACCUCAUUCAGCUCUAGAUUUUUUUUAUUUUCACUUUUAUUAUUUCUGACAUAGGAGUAAAUAAAUAUACCAGAAAAGCAAAUUCUCAAGAUAAGGUGGGUGGCAAACAAGAGUCUGAGCCCAUGUCAUUACUCCUAUUUUAAAUUUUGCAGUCUCUGCAAAGCUACCAGGAAUCUCUCUCACUUGUACCCUUUUUCUGACCACCCACACCGUGUUGGUUAUACUAAUUUUAUCCAUAUAAUAAUUGAACCAACUUAUGACUGUUUGAUACUUUGGAUUUAUCCUGUAAGACCUUCUUAAAUGUCUAUAUAUUUCAGUGCUCUGGAUCAGAAUCUAGAAAUCAUUGGCAACACUGCAUGAGGUUUUUUUGAUUUGUUUUGUUUUUUACUAAUUAACCUUUAACAGGAGGCAGAAUGUCCCUCCUUUAUUUAACUAUUCUAUUGAUAUUCUUCUCUCCCUCCACAACCCAAAUCAGAGCAGGGGUGUUCAGCUUAUUACCAAAUUAGAAAGAUGUAAGGUUUACAAAUUGGCUAAAUUUCAUAGCUCUUUAGCCAUUUCAGAACCAGAAUAAUUUCACUGCUGUUAAUCUGCUUGUGUGACAGCAUUCCAGGCCAUCCAGAUGGCGCUGCCUUGUCUGGAGGCUUUGUUAAUCUCAAAGGACACACACUUCCACACUGUUUGUGAGCCUGCCCAUCUCCACCACUUCAGUAGUUGUAAAUCAAGUGUGUGGAUCUCAAAGGGUGCACUUUAUCUUUAUACAGGAAUACAUUUCUAUGGCUUCCUUAGCCUACCCUCUUCACCCUAUUUUUUCUUACCUUAAAUUGAGAAAAAGAAGAAUUAAUAUUAUACUCUAUCAAAAUAUUUUUUACCAUAUUUCCAGAUGGCAUCUGCACUUGAAGAGUCAAAGGAAUCUGUGUCUAAUAUCCUGUUUUUAACUACCAUGAGGGCAGGAUGGAAAGAAUAAUGGGGCUCGCCACACAACCAAUUGGCUUUUUUCUUUCACAAGAUUUAUCCCUCCUCCUGGUGGCAAGGGGUUUCUUUCUCAUUUUCUUCCUCCUUCGGGAUCAUUAAGUAUGAAUGAAAAGAAACACUUUAAAUGACAAAGGCAGACUCCAGGUGCCUUGCAGAGGCUGAAGUCCAGCCAGGAUGGCUGCUGCUCCCAAGCCACCCCCUGCAGUGGCAGGACGGAAUGAAAGGAUGCAUGUCUCCACUCCCAGCCCUCCUCCCACUUCCUUCCCCCGCCCAGCCCCCAGUUGUUCAACCUCAUCCCUCAUUUAUUUUUGUUGUGCGAAUUAUUUUUAAACCACUUAUCCUGUUUGUGCAUAGAGUUUUUAAGAAGAAACGGCACAGUGUAAUGAGCAAAUCCUUUCAGGACAUGUGGGAGGCAAGGGAGGGAGGAUGUGGAGAAAAGUCCUUUAAACAAAUAGCAAAAUAUUGGACAUGUAAAAUCCUGUAUCAUUUAUGAAAUAUGUAUAAAAAUAAUGUACCUUCUGGAACAAUAAAUACUUAUUCGAUUUUUGAA